AUGCGCGACCUGCAGCGCUGGUACGAGGCGGUGGACGGGGCUCUGGCCUACAAGCGCUGCCGCCCCCUCCUCUACGGCUGGCUGGAGAAGGCCCAGAUCGAGCUCGGCUCUUACGGCCCGGACGGCGCGGCGCGCCAGCGCGACCGCGACGAGUUCGAGGGCGACUUUGCGUCGGCGACUGCUCGCGAGAGUGCCACUCUGUGUCCGUAG